AUGGGUUCCACAGCGACCCCAACUAGACCCUUGGUCCUCCACUCUCUUGCCGCUAGGAUCUCCAUCCCCGUCCCCGCUGAACCACUCUCAGCUUGGGUCGAGUCAGAGGUCCUCGCGCAAGAUUUCCACGACUCUCGCGUCGGGUUGGACGAAGAACCCGCACCACCCGUCGAAGAAUCGGAAGACAAUGGACCUGUCACGACCCCGCCUUCCAACGAGCCUCAGGUCCUCCUUCUCGCUCGAUUCUUGUCAUUCGUCGCAGACAGAUUGACCGCCUCUCCCAAUGCGGAGCUCGCAGAAGUCAUUCGAGCCGCUUACAAGCGAUUCAACGACUUGUUCUUGUCUUCCAUCAACAUUCACUCCUUGGUCCAGUCUUUCGAGCCGGAGGCCAGGGCAGAGGUCUUGACAGCGUACUACAAAGCGUUUGCAGCUGCAAGAAACGUCCUCGGCUCAAGUCAGAUCCCCAUCGCUCAUCCUUCCGCUCUGUUGGAAGCUGCGCAAAAGGGACAGGCAGAGCUUUACGCAUUGUUCGGAGGCCAAGGUGUCAACGAGACCUACUUCAACGAGCUUCAAUCGCUCUACAACACUUACAAACCAUUCCUCCUUACCCUCCUUGUCGACAUUACCCGUAAUGUUCUCCUACCGCUUGCAGCCAAGGCCGAGAGCGAUGGCUACACUUACUACUCGCAAGGUCUUGACCUCGUCUCAUGGCUCGAAGGUACCUCACCACGACCUUCUGUCGACUACCUUGGCUCCAUUCCACUCUCCCUUCCGCUCAUCGGUGUCACUCAGCUCGCUCAAUACGUCGUCUCCUGCCGAAUCACCGAUGUUUCACCGGGACAGAUGAGGUCGUUGUUCAAAGGAGCUACAGGGCAUAGUCAGGGAGUCGUCUCUGCCGUCGCCGUCGCAGCUUCUAGCCAUUGGGAGAGCUUGGCGGAGAACAUCCAAAAGGCCGUCCGACUCUUGUUCUUCCUCGGUCUCAGAGGUCAGGAGGGCUUUCCCCUCCUCUCCAUUGAGCCUCAGCUGGUAGCCGAUGCAGUUGCCAACAACGAGGGCGUGCCAUCACCCAUGUUGUCCAUCAACGGUCUGAGUCGAAAAGCCCUUGAAGGCCACCUCAAAAAGGUCAACGAGCACCUCCCUUCAAAUUCCAAGGUUGGCAUUUCGCUUUACAACGCAUCAACCAUUCACGUCGUCACUGGACCCGCAAGAGCUCUGUACGGUCUCGCUACUGCUUUGAGGAAAGUCAUGGCGCCUCCAGGUCUGGACCAGAGCAAGACUCCAUACUCUAAGCGUAAAGCCGUCUUCAACAUGCGAUUCUUGCCCGUCAAUGUCCCUUACCACAGUCACUAUCUGGAGGGACAGACGCAGAAGCUCAUGGGAGAGGACCUGAAGAACGAGGAACUGUGGAGUGCCAAGGACCUUCCCAUGGCAAUCUACAACACCGAGACGGGUGUUGACCUUCGAGACCUGUCCACAUCCUUGACAGCCUCCCUCUGCGACCAGAUCUUCACUUCACCCAUCCACUGGGUCAAGGCAUGCAACUUCCCUUCCGCCGCUACCCAUGCGGUCGACUUUGGCCCAGGUGGCAACAGCGGUAUCGGCCCAUUGACAGGCCGAGCUCUGGAAGGCCGCGGAGUUCGAGUGGUGAUCGUUGGUGAAAAGGGCAAAGCUGCUGCCGAGUUCUACGAUGCGAACAAUAUCAGGCGAGAAUCUGUGUGGGCCAAAGAGUGGCAACCGAGAUUGGUCAAGACUGCUGAUGGCAAAGUCCACAUUGACACCCCCUUCUCCCGCCUGUUGGGCAAACCUCCUAUCAUGGUCGCUGGUAUGACUCCCUCUACCGUGAAACACGACCUUGUUUCUGCCACUUUGGCUGCUGGAUACCACAUCGAAUUGGCCGGUGGAGGUCACUACAAUGCCAAAGCUCUUCGAGCCAAGGUCGCCGAGAUUCAGAAGCACGUCCAACCUGGUGUCGGACUCACGCUCAACGCCUUGUACAUCAACCAGCGGCAAUUCAGCUUCCAACUCCCUCUCUGGCAAGAACUUCGUCGUGAAGGUCUCCCCAUCGAGGGGUUCUGUGUCGCUGCGGGAAUCCCAAGUUCGGAAAAGGCCACGGAGAUCAUCUCUGGCCUCAAAUCUGUCGGCAUCAAGCACGUCGCUUUCAAACCAGGUUCCGUCGAAGGCAUCCGACAAGUCGUCAACAUUGCCGCUGCCAACCCUGACUUCCCCAUCAUUCUCCAAUGGACUGGAGGACGAGCUGGAGGUCAUCACAGUUGUGAAGACAUGCACCAGCCCAUCAUUUCCACCUAUGCUGCCAUCAGACAACACCGCAACAUUUCGCUCAUUGCUGGUUCUGGCUUUGGAGGAGCAGACGACCUCUGGCCUUACAUUUCUGGUGACUGGGCUGUCGAUCUUUACGGUUUGCAACCCAUGCCGUUCGAUGGUGGUCUCUACGGAUCUCGAGUCAUGGUUGCGAAGGAGGCUGCUACAAGUCCUUCGGUCAAGCAGCUCAUUGUUGAUGCCCCCGGUGUGGACGAUGCCCAGUGGGAAGGUACCUACGACAAACCCACCGGAGGUAUCCUGACUGUCCGAUCUGAGCUUGGUGAACCCAUUCACAAGGUCGCCACUCGAGGUGUCAAGCUCUGGCGAGAAUUCGAUGACACUGUCUUCGCCCAGCCUCGUGAGAAGCGAGCUGCUUGGCUCGAAGCCAAGAAGGACUAUGUCAUUGAGCGACUGAACAAGGAUUUCAGCAAGCCUUGGUUUGCCCAGAAGGCCGACGGUACCGUCGCUCAAGAUAUCAACGAGAUGACAUACGAGGAAGUCACUCGACGAAUGGUGCGACUCAUGUACGUCGCCAAGCAGUCUCGAUGGAUCGAUGUGUCCCUCCGAAACCUCGUCGGCGAUUGGCUGAGACGAGUGGAAGAGCGAUUCGCCGGUAUCGAUGGUAUCCGAACGAAGGAAUCUCUCAUCCAGAGUUUCUCCUCACUCGAAAACCCCGCACCGACCCUUGAUGCCUUUUUCCAGCACUACCCUCGUGGCAAGACACAGCUCGUCGCUGCAGAGGACAAGGCCUACUUCCUCAACAUUUGCCAACGACCGGGCCAGAAGCCCGCGCCAUUCAUCCCUGUCCUCGAUGGCAACUUUGAAGUCUGGUUCAAGAAAGACUCUCUUUGGGCCGCCGAAGAUAUCGAUGCGGUCUUUGAUGCCGACCCACAGAGAGUCUGCAUUCUUCAAGGACCCAUGGCUGCCAAAUGGUCCACCGUGGUCGAUGAGCCCAUCAAGGACUUGCUCGGCAACAUUGAAGGACUGCUCGCGCGCAAGAUUCUCGCUAGGUACUAUGACAACGACGAGAGCAAGGUUCCCGUCAUAGACUACAUUGGUGCUCGACCAGCUACCUCUCGAUCCAAUCUGGUACAGGAAUCCACUCAAGGCGAUAUCCGCACCCUCAAAGUCAACGAUCCUGUUCCACAACUUGAGGCAUGGGUCGAGACCCUCGCUGGACCUAGUGUCAGCUGGCUCCGCGCCGCUUUGACCACUGUCAACGUUGUCCGAGGCUCUGGAUACAUCAGCAACCCUCUCAAGCGAGUCUUUGCUCCUCGUGCCGGACAGACUGUCGAGAUCAAGAGCGCCAAGGGUCAAGCCGUCUCCGUUACACUGUACGGAGCCGCGCGAUCAUUCGGGGUCCACCCUCACGAUUUCAAGGCCGUCGAAAUGACAUACGACGCAGCCAGCCGCAAGAUCAGCCUCACCCUGAACGAAGAACGACGGGGCGUUUCCGUGCCACUCUACUUCCAAUUCAUUUACAAGCCAGAAAUGGGCUAUGCGCCGAUUCACGAAGUCCAAGAAGGUCGAAACACGGCCAUCAAAGACUUUUACUGGCGUCUGUGGUUCGGUGAUAACGAGAAGAUGCCUAGUCUGGCGCUCGACACCACCUUUACGGGACCCGAGACACCUAUCGACGCUGCCACCGUUCAGCGGUUCUGCGAUGUCGUCGGCAAUCAAAGUGAGAGCUUCAAGCAAAUCAGAAAUGACAAGGUCAUGGCGCCCAUGGACUUUGCCAUUGUUCUUGGCUGGCAGUCCAUCAUGAAGGCCAUUUUCCCCGCUGAAAUUGACGGUGACUUGCUCAACCUUGUUCAUCUCUCCAACGGAUUCCGAAUGGUCGAUGGUGUCGCUCCUCUCCGUGCGGGUGACGUCUGCUCCGCCGAGGCACGAGUCGUCUCGGUCAUCAACAGUGACAGCGGGAAGACUGUCAAGGUUCGUGGAUUUGUCCUCCGCAAGGGUGAACCCGUCAUCGAAGUCACUUCAUCCUUCCUCUACCGAGGUCGAUUCACCGACUUUGAAAACACCUUCGAGACCAUCGACGAAGCGGAUUACGUCGUCGAGAUGGACAAGGCUACCUCGGUCGGCGUCCUUCAGUCGAAGGAGUGGUUCGAGUGGGAGGACCCGUCCGUUGCUUUGGAUGUCGGCAGCGUCUUGACCUUCAAGACUAAGAGUGAGCUCCGAUUCCGCGACAAGGCAUCGUACAGCUCGGUCCGAGUUUCUGGAGCCGCUUUCGUCAGAAGCAGUACCAAGCAACUCGUCCAGGUCGCUACCAUUGAUUAUGAGGCGCACAAUUCGUUCGGCAAUCCUGUGGUUGAAUACCUCAAACGACAAGGUAAAGCCGUUGGCCUGCCCAUUCCUCUUGAGACAGGCGGUUACUCGCUCAUCACCAACCCUGCAUCGGCGACGUACACCACGCCCUCAACCAAUGAGCCAUACUCCAAGGUUUCUGGAGACUUCAACCCUAUCCACGUCAACCCAUACUUCUCCGACUUUGCCUCUCUGCCUGGAACCAUCACUCACGGUAUGUGGAACAGUGCAGCCGUGCGCAAGUACCUCGAGUCCACAGUUGCAGACAACCAUCCCGAGCGAGUCGAGUCUUACGAAGUUGGCUUCGUCGGUAUGGUUCUUCCUGGCGAUCAGAUCCAGGUCAAACUCACCCACGUUGCUAUGCGAGACGGCAAAAAGGUCAUCAAGGUCGAAGCAUUCAAUCAAACUGGCAUCAAGGUCAUUGACGGUACCGCCGAAGUCAGGCAACCUCCCAUGGCCUACGUCUUCACCGGUCAAGGAUCUCAAGAAGUCGGCAUGGGUAUGGAACUGUACAACAGUUCGCCCGUUGCCCGAGCAGUCUGGGACGCUGCCGACGCUCAUUUGACCUCGGUCUAUGGAUUCUCCAUUGUCGAUAUUGUCAAGAACAAUCCCAAAGAACUCACCAUUCACUUUGGUGGUAUCAAGGGUCAAGCCAUUCGACAACGGUACAUGGACUUGACGUAUGACACUGUCGAUGACAAUGGCAAUAUCAAGACUCUCCCUCUGUUUGCCGACAUUGAUCUCUACACGACCAGCUAUACCUUCUCUCACCCUCAAGGUCUGCUCUUCGCCACCCAGUACACUCAGAUUGCCUUGGUCGUCACUGAGAAAGCCACAUUCGAUGACAUGAAGGCCCGAGGACUGAUUGACAACAGUGCUGCAUUCGCCGGUCACUCGCUCGGAGAGUACUCUGCCUUGGCCGCCAUUGCCGAUGUCCUGCCCAUCUCCAGUUUGGCUGAUGUCGUCUUCUUCCGUGGAAUCACCAUGCAACGGGCGGUCCAACGAGAUGCCGAAGGCAAGAGUCAGUACGCCAUGAUGGCUGCCAAUCCCUCUCGAGUUGGAAAGACAUUCUCCGAAGAAGCGCUUCGUGAAAUUGUCGAUGCCAUCAGCAAGCAGAAGUCCAUCCUGCUUCAGAUCGUCAACUUGAAUGUCGCAAACCAGCAAUACGUCUGUGCGGGUGAACUGAGAGCUUUGGCGACGUUGACAAACGUCUUGAACAUGCUCAAGAUUCAGAAGCUGGAUCUCGAGAAAUUGUCCAAGAUGAUGAGUGUCGAAGAGCUCAAGGAAAAGCUUGCGGAGAUCAUCGAUGGAUGUUGGGACAUGGCUCUUGAGAAGGAGGCCAAGGACGGCGCCGUCGUCCUCGAGCGUGGCUUCGCUACGAUUCCUCUUCCGGGUAUCGACGUGCCAUUCCACUCGAGGUAUCUAUGGCCUGGUGUUUUGUCGUUCCGAAACUACCUGUACAAGAAGAUUGACCCAACUCAACUCAACCCUGACAGGCUGGAGGGCAAGUAUAUUCCAAACUUGAUUGCCACUCCCUUCGAAGUCUCCAAAGCAUACGUCCAAACCAUCUACGACCAGACUGCUUCGCCUAGAAUGGAAAAGAUCCUCAAGAGCUGGGAAGCUGAAGGCUGGGACACUGCUGCUAAGCGACAGCGAUUGGCUUACAACAUCUUGACCGAGUGUCUUGCUUAUCAAUUCGCCUCGCCCGUCCGAUGGAUCGAGACUCAGGAUGUACUAUUCACACAAGCCAAAUUCGAGCGCCUCAUUGAAGUUGGACCGAGCCCGGUUCUUGCUGGUAUGGCCACUCGAACCCUCAAAGCGAAAUACGAGGCUCAGGAUGGUGCAAUCUCUCUCCGUCGAGAAAUCUACUGCGCCGCCAAAAACCAGAAAGAGGUGUACUACGCCUUUGAGGACGAGGUCGAGGAGGCUCCUGCUGUUGCUGCAGCAUCGGAGUCAGCACCCAAGGCUGCCGCGCCUGUUGUGGCUGCUCCUGCCGCGGUGGCUGUUGCCGCUCCUGCACCUUCCGCAGGCCCUGCUGCAGCAGUCGAGGACGUCCCGCCCAAGGCUGUCGACACUGUUCGAUUCAUUGUGGCCCAAAAGCUCAAGAAACCUGCCAGUGAGAUUCCAUUGAGCAAGUCGCUCAAGGAGUUGUCCGGUGGAAAGUCGACAUUGCAAAACGAAAUCCUUGGUGAUCUCCAGGUUGAAUUUGCUUCGGCACCUGAAAAGGCCGAGGAUCUCCCCCUCGACGAACUGGGUGCUGCCCUGAAUGUCGGAUACACUGGUCUUGGCAAGCACGCCAUGGCGCUCACCAACCGAAUGGCUGCGUCCAAAUUCCCUGGAGGAUUCAAUAUUUCCGCCGCGCGAGCCCAUCUCAACAAGCAGUGGGGUCUUGGACCGCUCCGUACCGACUCUGCUCUCUUCUUUGGAGUCAUCUCUGAACCGCCCAAGCGUCUCGGUUCCGAAGCAGAGGCCAAGGCUUUCCUCGAUGCCUUGGUACAAAGUUACGCAAGUUACGCCGGAUUCAGUCUCUCCACGCCUGGCGUUGGAGGUGCCGGAGGUGGAGCAGCCAGCGGAGGAGCCGUCAUGAACUCUGAAGAGUUUGACAAGUUUGUCCUGAAGCAGGCUGAGCAGGCCGAAAGGGAGAUUGAGCUUUUGUCAAGAUACCUCGGCAAGGACCACAGAGCUGGAGACAAGCGAGCGGAUGAAGGCAAAGUCCAAUCGGAUGAAUUGCAAGCCAAGUUGGACGCUAUCAAGGCGGAACAUGGAGACACGUACAUUGAUGGUAUUGCUCCGGUUUUCUCUGCUCUCAAAGCGAGAACAUUCGAUUCGAGCUGGAACUGGGCCCGACAGUCGUCUCUGCAGUUGUUCUACGAUAUUAUUCACGGUGAAUUGGACCCCAGCACAGUUUUCAACGAUGAGCCACGAUACCGACCCAAUGUCGGAGGUGUAUAA